AUCCACAAUGAAGUGGAUUCUCGCCGUCUUUCUGCUCGCUGGCGUGGCAAUUGCCAUGAGAAAACAAGGAGUCGCAGUUAAAGGAGUUCUUAAAUGUGGAACUGCUUUUGCCAAUAACACUAAAGUCAGAAUUGUUGAUAUUGAUACAGGGCCGGAUCCAGAUGAUACUCUUGACGAGAAGAGAACUGGAGAAGAUGGAGCAUUUGCAUUGACUGGAAGCACCCACGAGCUUACUUCAAUUGACCCAGUUUUGUAUAUCUGGCAUGAGUGUAGAGAUGAGCAAACUCCAUGCUCUCGCAAGAUUAAGUUCGUCAUUCCAAAGAAGUACAUUCACGGUGGAACCCCAACUGAUGAGCAAUGGGUCAACAUUGGAGUGCUUAAUCUUGAAGGAUCUUUUGAUAAUGAAGGACGUGAAUGUAUUAAGGAUUAGAUUUGUUUUGAUUGAUUGGUUUUUCUUUUAUUUUGAUGUAAAAUAAUAAAGUUCAUUGCGAAAAU